UGCUUUGAAAUCUUCCCUUGCUACGACCAUAUGGUCAACGCCACCGCAAUGAGGGAUGUCUGCCGCGCGCGUUCGUAGCUCGUGUCACUCGCGUGCCAGUUGGUCAAAAUUCGACUGGCAGACCAUCAAUGGGGACUUCGUUGGCCAAAUGGCAGCAACAGCAGCAGAAGACGCUUCAGCACCGGAGCAGUUGAAAUGUAGAACAGUUGGCCCUUCUGGCAUAUUCUUAGCAUUCUGGCGUUUAAGCGCUUCAAACUCGCCAGUAGCUGCAACGAGCAAACAGUUCUUGUUAGCACGCAGUAAAGUGAGGAUCUUUUCGAAGAAUAUGAACUUAAACAUCGAAGCUGUGCAGCUACAACAAAAGUAUUUGGAGCAGCGAAUCCAGCAGCACUCCGUUAAUUCAUUCCCAACGCGCUUCAGUGAUUUCUCGUAUGCCUCCUCCGAGGAAGAUGGUUCGCAGCAAUACGCAAGCAGUCCCAGCUAUACGCUCUCCAUCAUCAGCACUGGCACCGAGAGCCACGCGGACGUGGGUAGUCACAAAGAAAACCACCUGUUGCUGCACGAUUGGCCCGCCACCGCAUUAAGCUACACGGGAAAUCGUUCGUUGCAACCAAUAACACAGGCGAAUCAAUUCUUUCCCAACUACAACUUCAACCCGCCACAGCAGUCGCUGCAUCAUCAACUCAAUGCCAGUAUUGCCGCCUCCGCCGGAGAGUGCUCCACAAGCACGACGCCGAGCAAAUCUGGUUCACCUAUAUCCGCAAAAUCUGGCAAAUGUAACAAACGUGCAGCAACCCAUCUGCGCAAGGACUCAAGCUCGAAGAGAGCAGACGCCACCACAAAGCCACCCAGCCCUAGCGUGCUUAAGCGCCGACGCCAAGCUGCCAAUGCCCGCGAGCGCAAGCGUAUGAAUGGCCUAAAUGAGGCCUUCGAUCGGCUGCGUGAGGUGGUGCCUGCUCCAACCAUUGACCAGAAGCUGUCCAAAUAUGAGACGCUGCAAAUGGCGCAGACCUACAUAGCGGCGCUAUGUGAGAUGCUGGGCAGCGAACUCGACGCAGCCAACUAUGCGCUGCAACGCGGCGAGCACAUAACAUUUCAGGAGGACAUUCGAUUGCAGUGAAUUUGACAGAACUCUUUGAGGUGGAAGUAAGAAAUAAGUAUGUACUUUGAUGUGUGCUGUGCAGUUUUAAACCAAAGCAAAGAGGUGCGCGUGGCAGGAGUGACCGACCGCCGCUAUUCGCUCAUUAGUGUUAAGUGAAUGUGUACUAAAUAAGUAAGAAAUAUUUUAAUUUGUGAAUUUAUAAGUGCUUUUUAUUAAAAAUGUAAUAAA